CAAUAAGAGACCAUGCGGAGCAGCUUUUCACUAAACGCAAGAAAUUUGAUGCAAUGAAGCUAUGAAGUGGUUAGUUAUUCAAACAAAACUGUCUGUACAUGCUAGGUUGAGUACGGCAAACAUGAUAAGGAUUUUUAUAAAAACACUCGAUCAUUGAGAAAUGAGGGCUUCUAUUUCGCCAACGAAUACAUUGUUAUCUGAUCUGCCAUUGAAACUGAAGUCCUUAUUUUUUUCCAUCUUUUUUUUCAGCCGGGGCGCUUUUGAUGUUAACAUUUGCUAUCACAAAAUUGUUUUGAAAAUUUGCUGUUUGGAGAUGUGUCGACGAUUUGGGAAAGGAUAUAUACAGAUUUCAUGUCCGUUAUAUACAUUCAAGUUUUUAUUUGAUUUGUUCCAUUGUUAAUGUAUAUUUUGUUACUAGUCAAAAUCAUUUCUGCUUUAGGAUGAGUCUAUGAUGUUCAAGCACGGGUUGUACAUAACAAGGUGGCCGGAGGGAUUUUUCGGUUUUAUAAGUGUAAGUUCAUAAUUUCUAGUCUUACGGAGAAUUUGCGAAGAAAAGGUUAGUUUUUUCAUAUGUAUCAGAUUUUCUUAUUCGCCUCUCUUUGCGGCCUGAAGACCAGGAUUUUGCAAAUUAGUUUUGUGAAUUCGAACCGAUUUUCAUGUUCGUCACAACCCACUGAUCUUAGGGUAAACAUAUCACGGCACCACGCUACAGCAGAAGUAUAAAAACUUUUCGAAUGAAAUUUUACUUCAAAUGGUUUUGAUAUCCAUCUUCUAAUUUUAUAACUCUGAGUGGCUUUAGUGCUAUUUACAUGCUAUUUGGCAGUACUCAGAUGUUGCUGCUCGUAAGUGAUCAGUAAGUUUAUCUCUAGACAAAAUUGUUUAUUAGGACGUUUCUUUUGAACUCGAUGGGAAAUUGAAUUAAUUAUGGACCAAAUAAGAGGCCAAUGAAUACCAAAAGAAGACGACUUUCUGCGAUGGCAAACGUUUUGAAUAGGGGUACAACAGAGAGAAAAUAAUUUUGUCAUUGUAAGAAUAAUUUUGGCAUAGUGGAAUGUAAAAUGUACCUUUUCUGUGUUCAUUAUUAGCGUCAAAACGUUCUUCUUUGCGAAAUUUAAUGCAUUGGAAAAAAAAGAUUUAUUAAGAAGAGAAACUGGGGCGCUGUGUUUCCUUUAUAGAAAAAUCAACCUAUGCAAAUGGGUCCGAUGGUAAAUUAUCUUGUAAGUGGCAACUGAAGAACAAUAUCGUAACAUUCUCUUACCUCUCAGACCAUUUAUAUUCAUAUAUUUUACAUUUGAAUUAAUUGUGUCGUCAAAACAAAUAUUGGCUGUAGAAGGUAAAUUAUUUAGAAAUGCGAGUAUGCUUGAUUCGACUCCAUCCUUACGAGAAUGUGACACUCAACAGUUCCCACUUCAUCGAAGAAAUUUGUUUUUGAUCUGCCUUUAUUUAAGUUUAGUGACUCCCUGUCAUUCUGGAGAGGAGAGUACUUCAUUGUCAAUUAUUUUACUCUGUUAAUUUUUUAAAAUUAAUCAAGAAGUCCAUUGUUUUGAAUUGACACAUUUAUUGGUUAUGUCGCAAACGUUAUCGUCUUUCUCGCCUCGAGGUUCUGCUAAGACUUGUAGGUAUUCGUCUUAAUCACGUUCUGAUCAACAUAAAUAUUCAUCCCAGUUCAAAAAUAGCAUUUCAGUCGUUAUCGUAAAUGUAUAAAAUGUUGAAUCUCGAGUCAAUGUUCAUUUUGUUCACCGCUUUUUAGCCAAAGCACCAAAAAACAAAUAAGCCAGACACCCCAAUUACUGACUGGAGAUGGAAACUUUUCGUGGAUUGAAGUUCUUCGUCGUGGUGAGUUUUUUGCUCACCCAGUUUUCCGUUUACGGUAAGUUAAUAAGCUUUGGCGCACGUUUUUUUUUUCCUUUCGUGUGUGUGGGUUUUAUUUCUCUGCAUUGGAAAUGCAAAACCCACGGAUUGCAACUCUUCUUUGAACAUAAGUACCAAUAUUUUUACUGUAAAGCGCCAUUUCUUAACAUCCUAAAAGUGAAAAAUAAAAAUCUAAAAAAAAAAAAAAAAAAAUAUAUAUAUAUAUAUAUAUAUAUAUCCAGCUGUAGAACGAAUUGAUCAUGAUGUUUUCGUGUUCUUUACAGAUGCCAUAGCUUAUGAGAAGCUUCAAAUGAAGUUUUCCGAGCCCCCUAGCUUUAAACCUGCCAAUACUGCGAUAUGCACCUGGUUGAAAAACCUCGAGAGCCUUGGCUUUCAGAAAGAAGUCGUCAGAAAGUCGGUUAAGAGGCCAGGAAAAGAUCGACCAGAUGCUGAGGCAAGAAUCGUGCAUGCUUAACUCUAUCAAACUUUAAAUACCAUUAAUCAUACCGAGUCUAUAAAGUAAGUCUACCAUUUGCGCUUAUAACACGUAUCAGGGUACAAGAAUAAACUAUGUUUAAAUUGAUGCUUUUCUUUGCGUCUCCAGAAAACGACUUUUUACUACAAAUUGGUUCAGUGCUCUAAGGAAGCCUUGCGUAAAAUUGCAGCGGAAUUGAACUCAACUGUUCCAGGUAAUAAUACUGAGUAGGUCUGUUUAUAUUUGCGUCGAAGUAUGGGCGUGUAACAAUUUAAACUAUCGAACGGAACUUGAGAGAUCUCGCCUAAAGGAAUUUGACCAUCACGCCAGUGCAUGUAGCAAAAAAUCCAGUCUUCAAACAUCUUUAGGGUAGGGAAAAAAUAAAAAAGGAGGCAGUAAUUACUCGAGAAACUAUGCGUUAAACAAAUUAUUCAUAACUUCAAACAUGUCUUUGUUUCUCUACCAAGGUUCUUUUGGAAAGGAAAUGUUUCGUAAGGUGGCUGGAGAAGUAUCAUUCAGGCGUUUAAAUGCUGGUAAUGGAAUGUGUAAAGUAGGAUUAGAGGUUGAGUUUAAGGGAGGCCAGGACUGCCGCGAUAAUACAGGACGCAAGAAGAUGGAUCUUUCCGACCCAAGGAUGAAGAAAAGGAUCCGUGUUCGCCGAAAGGAGAAAGUUGUGAUUAAAAAAAUCCGUACUCGUCGAAAGAUUAAAAUCGUCAUUAAAGUCUCUACUAAAACAGCGUAGUUCUGGUUUUAAGAGGAAUUAUUUAUGAUAAACGCGUAGAGACUCGGGUUAUAGCUGCAUCCAAACCUGUUAAACCAAAAAAAAUUGUUAAUGUUAUUUUUAGAAUAACCUUUUUGACGACAGCAUUUUUUAAAAACUGUUUCAGUAGAACUGAAUGAUCUUGAAUACCCAAACUCACCUGAGAUGACGAGGUUUAUGACGCUUUCACUGAAAGAGGAUUCCAGAUUUUUAUGUAUUCAUUCAUAUCAUAUCCAUUUUGUUACCGUCCACCAUAACUCUAAAAUAAACGAAUAAACGAUCGCGAGCAUGCAACGUUAAUUCGCCUAAUAAGACGGUCACACUGCAGGCUACUGCCGAGCCAAAGCGCAUUUUUUUUUUGAUAAAACUUGAAAUUCUUUGCUCAACAAAAGCGCUGUUUUCUGCCCAUUCAAGGUUCUGUUUUCUGCCCAACUGAAGUGGUAUUCUCCAUUGAACGCAGUUUUCUUACUAAUGUAAGCGUGACUCUUCUCUUACCAAGAAGAUAGAGCUGUGUUCCGUCUAAACAAAGCGCAGCUUAUUUUCCAAAGACAGUGAAGCUCAAUACUAACCAAAAUGCAGUUGUGCUCUAAACCACAAGUUUGUUAUAUCGAAUCAUAAUGUUUCAGAAAAGUAGAGGAUAAAGUAUUCCUUGCGAAGUUAAGAACCAUGCAGGACUUUUUGCCAUGAUACACCUUUCCUUUAAAGGAAAUUGAAACCGGGAAAAUUUUUACAAGUGGAAACACAUUAACCCACGUUUCUGUUAAAACGGCUGAAUUUUCCGUUUAACCGAGCAGAAGGUUGUAUUUUCCCGAAGCAAAUGAUCCUUUGAACAGCGUAAAUCGAACUUUCGUGAAUGUCAGGGAAAAUUUAUUUAGCUCCUGUUUUUGCAUUGUGUCUUAAGGAAGCACAGCAUUUGGAAUAAUCAUUGUCACACACUAUGCGAUUGGUUUCAUAGUCACAGUCGUUUGCUCGUUUUGUCUUAGUGACAUAUAAUGCCAAAAUGCAACAUGCUGAAGGCACUUUUCAGAAAUGCAAAGGGCCAUUUUCCUUUUUGAAGAAUUGAUUUAUAUUCUAUUUAAGGAUUGAAUAUGAAUGGCUUCAGAGAUUGAAAAUGAAAGUAAUGUAAACAACUCCCCUCAAGACCAAAAACAAACUGCGCAACCGAAAAAGAGGGAAGGAAUCGUUUUAAGUUAGGACGAUUUUUUUAUAGCCAUCAUUUCGAACCAAAAAAUAUUUAUGAAAGGCAUAUAGUUUCUUCUUCUCAAUCUGCUAUAUGCAAGCUUUCAAAAGAAUGAUUUGUAAAAACAAAUCUCUCUGACAAAUAGUAAACUUCUUUCGUAAAACGCGACAGAGAGCAAAUAUUGUCUCAAUUUUUUUUUGACGAUCUUCUUCUAAAAAAAACUUUUUGUGAAACAUGUUUUUGCAAAAGAUUUGCAUACGGCAUACGAUAUUUGUAUCCCAAAGUGAUGAUUCACCAUCCAAACGGAGACAAAAAUUAAUUUGAGGUACUGAAUUUUUCUAUCGUUAAAAUGUUUUGGCUGUUCAGGGGCAAAAAACCGAUCUGCCAAUCAUUUCGUAAUUUACAAAGAAGCACAUGUAACUGCAUUCAUGUAAAACAAAGAAAGGAAACCAUCUCCCGACUGAAUUUUUUACUAUUAUUUAGAUGUCUUUGGGCCACAAUCUUGAUAUUUUCUUUCUAUCGAACAAGCGACCAUCUAAUUGCUGAGUAGAGUAGGCGAUAUAUGUAUGUAGCAUUUGUCUCCUGUAGACACGACUCUUCAAAACACUCUUCUUUUAAGAUUGACGUACUUGUCAAUUUGUUUAUCGUGGCAGUACGCCAUAGAUUUACAUUUUUCCGUUCUAUUCCUGCUCUUUGUAAUAAGGAAAAGUCGUUAAACGAAAAAGUCACUGCAAAUUUGAGAUUAAGUAUAACAAUUAUACCGGGCGCGGCCGAAAAACAGUAGGGAGAUUUCAAAUGCACCCAUCAGGCUCUGAACUUGGUUUUGAAAGGUUGUUCUGUUGGAUUUUUUUUGGAUCACAAUUAAGAUCGCAUUCUUGUUAGAAAUAUUUGCAUUCAUUUGUGUCUGUACCUUACAAAUAUUUGGGUCAAAAACAUUUUGUGUUCGUCUACACUGAGAUAGUAUAAUUUGAGCUGAAUCAAAGCCACGUAUAGAUGAAAAACUGAUCAGCUUUUUUUCUAAAACAGUCCGAAAGUAAGAUAUGAUUAAGGUUUGAGUUGAAUAGCAGGUCGGAAAGCGUACAGCGACUUUAGCUGGCACGAUGUAUCCUUGACGACUGAUCCUUGCUGCGGUUGACAAACUUCUGGACCGGCAGGUAAAAUAAUGAUUUUAUAUUAAAGUUGGCCCCUUAAUCAUCACUUUUUAUUACCUGUAUCAGACCUCAGACCGCCUCAUAUUUCAUAGACUGCGGAUCAAUUGAUGUAACUCUAUUCAAUUUUACGUAAUGUUCUCUAAGUCAUAUAUACGAAAUCUGAACUUUCCAAUUCAAAUCUGAUAGCAUGUCGUUCUUUUUAGGGUCUCCGUGCCUCACCUGAGCCUGGUGUAUCGUUUUUUGAUUUUUUAUAAGCGAACGACCCCUGUAAUUCAAGUCUUGCACUGAUUGAAACUUGUAUUUAUCUAGCGGCAAAGCGAUUUCUGCACAAGGCCAGAAACGGUUAAAAUCCGAGAAAAUCAUACCAUAAGCUUACUCUAGAUCCGUACAAGAGGCACAAUGAAAUAUUUGGAUCUUGUUAGUUUCUUCUAUUAUGAAAAUCUGCUAAGGAAAAGAACAUCCACGUCAUUAAAAAGUUGCCUGUCUGCUUGUAGUUUACUUGAAAUUCACGCGAGGUUUUUUCAUGUUAAGAAAUCCACAUCAUCAAUAUUUACAAUGACUCAAAGCCCAUCUAUUGUACCUGUGCUUAUAAAUUGCCAAAAAAUCUGCUGUUCUGCUCAAAUCCAUUCGUAGCUAAAGGGAGCGUCGUAUUAAUUCAGGUGUUUGGAACACAAGUUCGUGAUGACAAAAAAUUCCUUGAUUACCUCAGUGCUUGCCGCUCUUGUUGUCUUUCAGUCCAACCUUGUUGGUGAGUUUAAGUGCCUUUCUUUCCCCAAGUUGCUCAAACCAUGCUCCACAUAUGAAAGAGCCGAUUACAAAAGCGAAUGAACUAGUUCAAGAUUCAAUUUCGUUUUGAAAUGUACUUGAAAUCUACUUUGUGUAUUCAAAUUUUUUACAAUUCAGUUUGACAAAUCAUUAUUCUCGAGCAAUAGACGAAAAUAAUUUGUUUGAGAUGGCUUUAAAUUGUUUUCUUCCUUAACUGGGACUUACUUCAAAGAGAAAACUCCCUCGUCACUCAGGUCUUGAGCCUCAGACGAGGAUAAAAAUUAGUUUUUUCAUCCGAUUUUAGCUGGAGAGACCGAAUCAGAAGAAACUAUCACCCUGAGGGCCAGAAACCCAGGCACUAUUUCAUUAACCAAUGAUCAAAUGCGGCAAAUGUUGCAAAAAGCAGAUUUUGAACGCCAUGGUUUCCAAAAGGAAGAAUCGCGCACUCUGCUUUCAGCAGGAAAAUUUCCGGCAAACUCAUCAGCUUAUAUGACCAACAUCUUCUACUACAAGGAGGUGAACUGCUCCCAAGCACAAGUGAUGCAGGUUUUAAUGGAGGCAGAGAAACUACUUCCAGGUAAAGAAUGAUUUCAGUAUUUCAAUGAUAAUUUGAGAAAUAGUGCAUUUCUGUAAGACGGUAAAAAAAUUCAAGGUUGACUCAAGAACUAAGAAAAUUGCUCUUAUCCAUCCAUUUUUGGGUAAGAGCAAACCUGGUCAAAUAAGGAAAAGAGAGGGAAAACGCUCAUCAUAAAAAUAGAUAGAGAGAAACAAAAAAAGUAGGAAUAACAUAUUUUAAAAUGGAACAGAGAAUAAUGUCAUAAAGUUGAUGAAAAUUCAUGAACUUUAAGUUUAUAAUUAUUUCCUCCAGAGCAAGAUCUAAUAAUGUUUGUGAAAUAACACGUGUAGCGUUAAAAAUUGCUGUACAUUGAAGCUUAUGUUUUUCUUAUUUGUUAUUCUUAAGGUACCAUGAAGCCAUCAGGGAACUCCCGGGCAAAAGUGGUGAAAGAGAUGAGAGUCCUUUCAGGCGGCGAUCCCAUGGCCAUGUGCAAAGCUGGGGUGGAGAUCCAUUUUAAACAGAAACCUCGUCAGAAUUCCAAAACCAUGGCCGCUCUUCGUCGCUUCAAGCGAGAUGCGAUAAUUAUCAUCGCUUCAUCGUGCGAUGUCCUUAUUAUAGUAGUGAAAGAAUAAUAAAAAAAACCAUUUUCACUUUAAGAAACGUUAUUUGCUCUCUUAACAGGCUUGAAGGCGGGGGUUUCGGUGAUUUUGUCUACAGGACUCACUGAGUUAGUAGACUAUAAUCAGUUUUGAUUUCAAUAAAAAAAAUAUUUAAAAUAUGUUUGCUUAGUUCACAAUCACUGAUGGCAUAUGUGUGCGUGACCACCUAACACAGAAUUCCGAGACUGCUUCAAAGCUUUUGUUUUCUUACUGAAAGAGACAAAAAAAAGUCAGUAGACGGAACCUUUUAUCAGCCACGAAAGUUCGCAUAAACUUUCAAGUUGUGAUAAAGUUUCUCUUCCUCUUUUUUCUCAGAGUUUUAAUUUUCCAAUCUCUAUUUGGCAAUAAAUUGCGUUCCUGUAGCACCUUCCAAAUUUUCAAAAUUCCCCAUCUUUUUUUGUUUUUUUCGGGAAGUGGAAAUGAUCGAGUCCGGCGUGCGCGAAAACAAAAAUAAUAGACUCAGAGACAGAAGUAUCAGAAUGAUUCUGUUUUGUUUGGAAAAUGGAUAAUUUUUUGAUAGCUUUUAAAAAAAGCUUUGAUAGCUUUAUAUUCUAGAAUGUAAAUUCCGUGGAAGUGGAGAAACCGGUAGAUACAAACAUUGAAAACAAUUACUUUCCACCAAUCCACUUACCAAGUUGUUUGCGGACAGUUUGUUAUCGGACAGAGCAAAAAAGUCUAUUAAGAGGAGAAACUGAGGCGCUGUGUUUCCUAUAAAGAAAAACCAACCGAUAUAAUCGGGUCUGAUGGUAACUUAUCUUGCAAUUGUAAGUGGUAACUGAAGAACAAUACCGUAACAUUUUCUUACCUCUCAGAACAUUUCAUAUUCAUAUUUUUUUUACAUUUGAAUUUAUUGUGUCGGCAAAACAAAUAUUGGCUGUAGAAGGUAAAUUAUUUAGAAAUGCGAGUAUGCUUGAUUCGACCUCAUCCUUACGAGAAUGUGACACCCAACGGUUCCCGCUUCAUCGAAGAAAUUUGUUUUUGAUCUGCCUUUAUUUAAGUAUAGUGACUCACUGUCAUUCUGGAGAGGAGAGUACUUCAUUGUCAAUUAUUUCAUUAAGUUAAUUUUUUGAAUUCAUCAAGGAGUCCAUUGUUAUAAAUUGACACAUGAACUGGUUGUUAUGUCGCAAAUGUUAUCGUCUUUCUCGCCUCAAGGCUCUGCUAAGACUUGUAGGUAUUUGUCCUAAUCACUUUCCGAUUAACAUAAAUAUUCAUCUCAGUUCAAAAAUAGCAUUUCAGUCGUAAAUGUAUAAAAUGUUGAAUCACGAGUCAGUGUUGUUCAAUUUUUUCAGUGUUUUUUAGCCAAAGCACCAAAAAACAAAUAAGCCAGACACCCCAAUUACUGAUUGGAGAUGGAAACUAUUCGCGGAUUGAAGUUCUUCGUUGUGGUGAGUUUUUUGCUCACCCAGUUUUCCGUUUACGGUAAGUUAACAAGCUUUGCUUCCCCUUUUUUUUUCCUUUUGUGUGCGUGGGUUUUAUUUCUCUGCAUUGGAAAUGCAAAACCCACGGAUUAGAAUUCUUUUUUGAACGUAAGCAUCUUUAUUUUUACUGUAAAGCGCCAUUUCUUAACAUCCUAAAAGUGAAAAAUAAAAUCUAAAAAAAAAAAAAAUAUAUAUAUAUAUAUAAAUAUUAUGAGAGGAAAAAACGACGCAACUACAUAUCCCGACAAGCCUGUUUCGUGAAUCGCUUCACUCUUCAGGGGUUUAAUGAAAGAAUAUUCAUAUGACUAUCGUUUAUAUACUAAGAAAAUUUACAUAAUACGCGGUAAACUUAAAAACUUAAAAGUUCAGCUGUUGCGUAGCAACGCUUUGUUUUUGUGUCGGCAUGAAGAUACGAGUUCGUUACGCUUAUUUAGUGAUGAAAGGUCGGGUCGGUAAAUUAUCAGGAAUUUUUCUUUUAGGCAGAGGUUGCAUUUUUUACUGGAACUGUUGUAGGGAGAGUUAGAUGAUAAGACGCGCCAUGAAAUAGAGUAGUCAAUGUUGUCGUUCUUGAGUGUCCAGAUGUGUUUGCUAAGUUCGGUAGAGUUUUUGUGCUUGGCGUGGCGGAAUGAUGCGGUGUGAUUUCUGUGUCUUGUUUUGAAGUCGGUUUCUGUGAGUCCUAUGUAUGUUUCAGAGGUGUUGUUGUCGUUCCGUGUGACGGUGGCUUGAUAAACGACUGAGGAUUGAAGGCAGUUACCAUUGAGCGGGCAAUUGUUCUUUUGUCUGCAGUUGCAUGUUUUGUUGGUUCCCGUGCCGUCUUUGUUGUCGGCCGUCUUUGGUUCCCGUGCCGAACUUUUAAGUUUUUAAGUUUACCGCGUAUUAUGUAAAUUUUCUUAGUAUAUAAACGAUAGUCAUAUGAAUAUUCUUUCAUUAAACCCCUGAAGAGUGAAGCGAUUCACGAAACAGGCUUGUCGGGAUAUGUAGUUGCGUCGUUUUUUCCUCUCAUAAUAUUUAUUCUGCUCUACUUCAACGUAUUGAGCACUCUUCCACGCGAAAAUCGACCUGCAGACUUCCUAUAUAUAUAUAUAUAUAUAUAUAUAUAUAUAUAUAUAUAUAUAUAUAUAUACAUAUACAUAUACAUAUACAUAUACAUAUACAUAUACAUAUACAUAUACAUAUACAUAUACAUAUACAUAUACAUAUACAUAUACAUAUACAUAUACAUAUACAUAUAUCCAGCUGCAGAACGAAUUGAUCAUAAAUUUUUUUCUUGUUUUCGUGUUCUUUACAGGUGCCAUAGCUUAUGAGAAGCUUCAAAUGAAGUUUUCCGAGCCCCCUAGCUUUAAACCUGCCUAUACUGCGAUAUGCACCUGGUUGAAAAACCUCAAGAACCUUGGCUUUCAGAAAGAAGUCGUCAGAAAGUCGGUUAAGGGGCCAGGAGAAGUUCGACCAGAUGCUGAGGCAAGAAUUUGGCCAUCACGCCAGUGCAUGUAGCAAAAAAUCCAGUCUUAAGUAGGGUACUUGCCUUCAAAUAUCCUUGGGGUAGGAAAAGGGGAAAAAAAUAAGGAAAAAGGAAAUAAAAUUUGUGUCCUGCAUAGAAUUUCAUACUUUCGGUUUUCGAGAUGAAAUUGGUGAGCUGUGUCGUUGUUUUCUUAAUUCAGUUAUUAGAAAUAAAAAAAAGGAAAAAAAAAAAAAAAAAAGGGGAAAGAAGCCAGCGUAGCCGAUUUUGUGAUGAAGAAAUGUAGAAUGGUUUCUGUGUUUACAUAGCCUGAUGUAAACACGCGGGAAGUUGGGAGAACACGAGAUAAGCGUAGGAAACCACGACGCGAAGCGGAGUGGUUUCCAGCUUAUCGAGUGUUCUCUCAACCUCCCAAGUGUUUACAUCAGGCUAUGUAAACACGGAAACCAUUUUACAUUUCUUAUAUAAAAUAAAUAAUGAAAGAGGAACGAAAACCUUGUUUACAUACGCUCAUGUAAAAUGGUUUUAUGGCCAAUCAGAGCGCGCGUACUAUUUGAAUUAUUUUAUAAAAUGUCUUCUCGCAUACGAAUCUCGGCAUUUUCAAUUUCUGCCUUCUUGAUCAUCUCUUAGACAUUAGAAGGAAGGAAGGAGAACUGAAGCAUUUUGGUAGCUACCACGUGAAACCCAGAUAUGUUUCUGAGCAAAAAUUAACAAAUCAAUAGAAACAAUACGCUCACAGAACAGGAAAAUCAUGCACCUUCAGGAUCCUUUGCGAAAAUCAAAAAAGGAGGCAGUAAUUACUCGAGAAGCUAUGCGUUAAACAAAUUAUUCAUAACAUCAAACAUGUCUAUGUUUCUCUUCCAAGGUUCUUUUGGAAAGGAAAUGUUUCGCAAGGUGGCUGGAGAAGUAUCAUUCAGGCGUAUAAAUGCUGGUAAUGGAAUGUGUAAAGUAGGAUUAGAGGUUGAGUUUAAGGGAGGCCAGGACUGCCGCGAUAAUACAGGACGCAAGAAGAUGGAUCUUUCCGACCCAAGGAUGAAGAAAAGGAUCCGUGUUCGCCGAAAGGAGAAAGUUGUGAUUAAAAAAAUCCGUACUCGUCGAAAGAUUAAAAUCGUCAUUAAAGUCUCUACUAAAACAGCGUAGUUCUGGUUUUAAGAGGAAUUAUUUAUGAUAAACGCGUAGAGACUUGGGUUAUAGCUACAUCCAAACUUGUGAACCAAAAAAAUUGUUAAUGUUAUUUUUAGAAUAACCUUUUUGACGAGACUGUUUGAGUAGAGCUGUAUGAUCUUGUAAACCCAAGCUCAUCUGAGAUAACGAGGUUUAUGACGCUUUCACUGAAAGAGGAUUCAAGAUUUUUAUGUAUUCAUUCAUAUCAUAUCUAUUUUGUUACGCUCAUGUUAUCAAUAAUGAAACUGUUUUAGCACUUCCAACCUGAAGGAAGCAAAAUGGGCUGCAAUAAAAA